AUGAUUAAAGGGGUAGAUAAAGGUUAUAAAUUACCAUAAAGUAAAAGUGAUGAUAUAUUGUUUGUUCAUGGAGUAGACUAAGAAAAGCAAUAAACUUUUAGAGAGUCAUAGAUUAGAAAAAGCAGUUUACAUGAUUGUGUAAUAUAGAUACCAAAGUAAUAAUAAAAUAGAAGGAACUCACAUAAUUCAAUAACAUUUAAAGAUGAAAAUAAAAAAUUAAAGUUACUGUAUGUAUUUAUAUUUAAAAUUGCAGUCAUACUAAGAAAAGAAUUCUAACCUAGAUUGCUUAAUAUGGAUAUAAUGCUUAUAUGGCAGAAUAUAUAAUAUAGAAACAAAAGAUUUCAUUAGAAUAAGAUUAUUAGAUAGUUUUAGAUUAAGUGAUUGAUAAAAUAAAUUAGUUUGAAGAAUAAUAUAAAUCUUGUGUUGGAUUAAAUAAAUAGAAAUAUAAUGUGAAAUAAGUAAUUCCAAUAUAAAUAGAUGAAUAAUAAUAAAUAGAUUAAUUUAUAGUAGAAGAAACAAGAUAGGUGAAUGUUAGUAAUAUAAGAGAUAAAAUUGAUUAUUGUGGUAUUUGUUUAGGAGAGUACUAAGAUAAAUAAAAGGCAUUGAAUUGCAGACAUGAAUUUUGUAAAUAAUGUUUAUAGAAUUAUUUGGAUAAUAAAAUAAAUAAUGGUUAAGUUUUAGAGAUAGAAUGUCCAUAAUAAAAAUGUGAUAAUUAUUUUAAUGAUGAAAUAAUAAAGAGUUUAGUAAAUGAUGAAUAAUAUCAGAAAUAUGAAAAAUUUAAGAGAUAAAAAUUAUUAGAUAGAGAUGAGACAGUUAGAUGGUGUGUAAGACCUGGAUGUGAUAAAUAUAUUAAAGGUAAAAGUUUAUUAAGUAAUACUGUAAAAUGCGAAUGUGGAUAGGAGAUAUGUUAUGAAUGUCGUAGAGAAGAUCAUCCAGGUAUGACAUGUGAAGUAUUAAUAUUAAUAAGAAUUAGGAAGCAUUAGAUAAAUAUUAUGAAUAAACAUUAAAAUAAUUAGUAAUUUAACGUUGUCCUAAAUGUAAAGCACCAAUUCAAAAAAAGGAAGGAUGUAAUCAUAUGACAUGUUAUUAAUGUCGAUUUUAAUUUUGUUGGUUAUGUAAAGCUAGAUAUACAAGAAUGCAUUAUGAUUCUGAUAAUUGCUUUGGAUGUCCAGGUAUAUAUUAUUAUAAUUAAAAUUUAUUAAAAGAUAAAUAAUUUUCAAAUGAUGAUCCACAUCCAAGACCUAGAUGGAAAAAAUAUGGAGGUAUAAUAUUUGAAUUAUUUGCCACGAUAUUAAUUGUACCAAUAAUUCCAUUUAUCUUAAUAUAUUAUAGUGUAAUGGCUCCUUUAAAAUUAUUAAAACAUUUCAAUAGAUAAUAUUAUAGAUAAAUGGAAGAUGGCGAUAAAUUAUGUUUACUCUUAGUAGGAAUAUUCUUUUUCCCAUUGAUUAUGGUAUUUCUAAUAUGUCCAGGAUUAUUGUUUUUGUUGGCAUAUAAAAUAAAAUAUGAUUGA